UUGAGGUGUGUAGUGACCACGGUGCAUGUAGCUGUGAGGUGCACAGAGGGGGCUGCGUGAAGCCCCUCACACAGGAUGGUGUUUGACUCCCUGCGACCUGAGGCUUGUCUUAGGUAACAGAGCCACAGAGCUCGCAGGCUCAGCAGAGCAGAACUGUGCAUGGCACAGCAUCGGUGAUGUCAGAGCGCUAAUCUCUCUGGGGGGAUUGGCGGAUGGACGCUUGUCAGAAACAUUUGAUGCAACCCUGGAUGAAAGCCGUUGGAGGCAGAGGGAGAGACAGAGGCUGAGGCAGAGCUGGAGCUGUGCUGAGCUCCCUGCUUUUUGUUUUUAUGUUGUGUUCGCGGUGCGCUCGGAAUGAGGUUGCUGGCAUAUUCCAGCAUGGGAAGAGCGGCUGAGGAGAGUGGCUGAGGAGGGGAGAGGGUUUGACGAACAGCUAAGCUGACUCUGUCUUUGUCUGCUAUUCUCUCUGACUCUUCACACACAAUCCCAGACACACACUCUGAAUUCAGACUGGGGCUCCGGCCCUGAGCCUUAGCCUCUCGUCUUACCACUGCCGCAAGCGCAAGGGGAGUUAGCGGGCGUCCUGCCCCAUCCUUAAGGAGACACACCAUGCUUUCAGUGGACCACAAUACAGGAUUUAUUUAUCAGAGAACUGAUGAGGAGGCAGUGGUUGACCGCGGGGGCACACGCUCCAUGCUCAACACCAACUUUGAGAAGGAAGAGCUAGAAGGUCAUCGCACUCUCUACAUCGGGGUUCACGUGCCCCUGGGCAGGAGGUCGCACCGACGUCACCGCCACCAUGGACACAGACACAGGAAGAGGUCCAAGGAGAGGGACUCCACGGCUGACGACGGGCGAGAAUCCCCCUCUCACACAGACACACCAGCUCAGAGGGUGCAGUUUCUCUUGGGGACGGAGGACGGCGACGAGGAACACAUCCCCCACGCCCUAUUCACCGAGCUGGAUGAAAUCUGUCUGAGGGAGGGAGAGGACGCCGAAUGGAAAGAGACAGCCAGGUGGCUUAAGUUUGAGGAGGAUGUGGAGGAUGGCGGUGAGCGGUGGAGUAAACCAUAUGUAGCCACUCUGUCUCUACACAGUCUAUUCGAGCUUCGCAGCUGCAUCAUGAACGGAACCGUGAUGCUGGACAUGAGGGCCAGCUCGCUGGAGGAGAUUGCAGACAUGGUUCUGGAUCAGCACGAAGUGUCGGGCCCAGUGGGUCAGGAUGCCAGGAGGAGGAUCCGCGAGGCCCUGCUCAAACAGCACCACCACCAAAACCACAAGAAACUGGCCAACCGCAUCCCCAUUGUACGCUCCUUUGCCGACAUAGGCAAGAAGCAGUCUGAGCCUCAUUCCAUGGACAAGAAUGGCCAAACGGUCUCACCUCAGUCCCAGCCGGCCAACAAUGAGGGCAAACAGGACGUCAGCCGAGAAAACAGCGCCGUCGACUUCAGCAAGAUUGACCUCCACUUCAUGAAGAAGAUCCCUCCUGGUGCUGAGGCGUCCAACGUCCUGGUGGGGGAGCUGGAAUUCUUAGACCGCCCUGUAGUGGCGUUCAUCCGCCUGGCUCCUGCUGUGCUGCUCAACGGCCUGGCGGAGGUUCCCAUCACCACCAGGUUUCUUUUCAUCCUGCUUGGCCCUCUGGGAAAAGGUCCCCAGUAUCAUGAAAUUGGCCGGUCUAUUGCUACUCUGAUGACCGAUGAGAUUUUCCAUGAUGUCGCUUACAAAGCCAAAGACAGGAACGACCUGGUGGCGGGCAUUGACGAGUUUCUGGACCAGGUGACGGUGUUACCCCCCGGAGAGUGGGACCCCUCCAUCAGAAUAGAGCCUCCCAAAAAUGUGCCCUCUCAGGAAAAGCGGAAGAUUCCUCCCGUUCCCAACGGAGUGACAGAUCUCGGUGAGUCAGAGGAGCACGGAGGACAUGGCGGCCCUGAGCUCCAGCGCACUGGGAAGGUGUUUGGCGGCUUUGUCUUUGACAUCAAGCGAAAGGCUCCUCACUACCUUUCCGACUACACGGAUGCCGUCAGUCUGCAGUGUCUGGCCUCUUUCCUCUUCCUCUACUGCGCCUGCAUGUCACCUGUCAUCACCUUCGGCGGGCUCCUGGGGGAGGCCACAGAGGGACGUGUGAGUGCUAUCGAGUCCCUGUUUGGAGCUUCCAUGACGGGAAUCGCCUACUCUCUUUUCGCUGGUCAGCCUCUCACCAUCCUGGGCAGCACGGGGCCUGUUCUUGUCUUCGAGAAGAUCCUCUUCAAGUUCUGCAAGGACUACGGCCUCUCCUACCUCUCCCUGAGGGCCUGUAUUGGCCUGUGGACGGCCUUCUUCUGUCUGCUGCUGGUGGCCACUGAUGCCAGCUCACUUGUCUGUUACAUCACACGCUUCACUGAAGAAGCUUUUGCGUCGCUGAUAUGCAUCAUCUUCAUCUACGAGGCCCUGGAGAAGCUAAUCCACCUGGGAGUGCAUUACCCCAUCAACAAAAACAACAACCUUCAGAAACUCACGCAAUACUCGUGCGCUUGUGUGGAGCCCAGGUACCCCAGCAACGAGACCCUGCGCUUCUGGGAGGAGAGGAACAUCACGGCCUCGCAGGUCAACUGGACCAUGCUGGAGGUCAAGGAGUGCGAGAUGUUGCACGGGGAGUUUGAAGGCACCGCCUGCGGCCCCCACGGCCCCUACAUCCCCGAUGUCCUCUUCUGGUGCGUGGUCCUCUUCUUCUCCACCGUCUUCAUGUCCGCCUUCCUCAAGGAGUUCAAGACAAGCCGCUACUUCCCCACCAAGGUGCGCUCCAUCAUCAGUGACUUCGCCGUCUUCAUCACCAUCCUCACUAUGGUGUUAGUAGAUUACGCCCUGGGGAUCCCCUCCCCUAAAUUACAGGUCCCCAGCAAUUUCAAACCAACCAGGGAUGAUCGUGGCUGGGUUAUAAACCCUGUGGGGCCCAACCCCUGGUGGACCACCAUCAUCACCUUCAUCCCAGCUCUCCUCUGCACCAUCCUCAUUUUUAUGGACCAGCAGAUCACAGCUGUCAUCAUCAACAGGAAGGAGCACAAAUUGAAGAAAGGCUGUGGCUACCACCUGGACCUGUUUGUGGUGGGGGUGAUGCUGGGAGUGUGCUCGGUGAUGGGCCUGCCGUGGUUCGUGGCAGCCACCGUGCUCUCCAUCUCCCACGUCAACAGCCUGAAGCUGGAGUCGGAGUGCUCCGCCCCCGGAGAGCAGCCCAAGUUCUUGGGCAUCCGAGAGCAGCGAUUCACCGGCCUCAUGAUCUUCACCCUGAUGGGCUGCUCGGUCUUCAUGACCUCUGUGCUGAAGUUUAUCCCCAUGCCUGUGCUGUACGGAGUCUUUCUGUACAUGGGGGCGUCCUCACUCAGAGGUAUUCAGUUCUUCGACCGACUCAGGCUGUUCGGCAUGCCGGCCAAACACCAGCCGGACUUCAUCUACCUUCGCCACGUCCCUCUGAGGAAGGUCCACCUCUUCACCAUCGUCCAGCUCAGCUGCUUGGCCCUGUUGUGGAUCAUCAAGACCUCCAAGGCUGCCAUCGUCUUCCCCAUGAUGGUCUUGGCCCUGGUGUUUAUUCGUAAGCUGCUGGACUUCAUGUUCACCAAGAGGGAGCUGAGCUGGCUGGAUGACUUGAUGCCGGAGUGGAAGAAGAAGAAGUUGGAGGAUGCUGCAGAAGAGGAGGAACACAGUAUUAUUGCAGAGGAGGAAGGCAUUGUUCAGGUGCCACUGGAGGGACACUACAAGAGUGACCCGGCCACAGUGAACAUCACUGACGAGAUGUCCAAAGGAUCUUUCGGGAAUGUGUGGAAGAGCGUCAGCCCAGCUGAGAGCAUUAAGAAGGAACCAAGCGCUAAAAGUUGCACCAGUGGUGGCGAAAAGCGACACAAGCGGCGGAGGCAUGAGAAGAGCUUGGACAGGGAGACAAGUUUGUGAUGACACAUACUGGCGGUGCCACUGUGCGGUCAAUCAGUAGAUCAAAAAACAAAAAAAAUCUAUACCGUGCCACACUCAACCACCUUUGUACUGUGCUACACUGUGUUUUUUUGUCAUGUAAGUCUGUGUGCAAGUUGUGUAAAACAAAGAAAAAUUUGUUAGAAACAGUAUUAACGCGAGGAAACCGAGUUCUUUUUCUAUGUAUAUCAAUGUUUGGUGAUACCAGCAACAGAGGGAAGCCAGAAUUAUAUGACACUUACAGUAACUGCUGUGUCGAUGGGCCAAUUACAUAAAAAAAUUUUAAACAAUUUUUAAAUCAACUUUAUUUGUAUUUUGUAUGUUUUUAUAUUUUUCCAACAACAACUGCGAGUUGUCCUUUUAAGAACCUGCCACAGCAAACUGCAAACGUGUGGAUUUUGUGUGCAGUAUUUAAUGUCACUAUUGACUCGAUGCACCUCACAUUAGAAAAACUAAAGAGUAGAUAUUUGCCAAUACUAAUCUAUUUCAGUGGUAUCUAAAAGAGUUGGCUCUAUACCGAAUCCAGUACCUUUUUUUGAAAGUAUUAAAUAUACAUUUUAUAUAUUCUGUAUAUCUAAAUGUUUUUGUGACAGUGACAGCUCAUAUCACUCCAGAGUCUUCUCCAUUUGUAUUUUACAUUUGAAUGUCUCUCCCCCCAUUUUCUCCAGCCGGUUAAAGGGAAGUUUUACAUUUUGGGAAGUGUGCGCAUUUUUCUUUUUCAAGAGUUAGCUUAGCUUAUUUUAGCUUAGCUUAGCACAAAGACUGACAAUGGUGAAACGGCAAGUCUGGCUCGGUCCAAAGGAAAUAAAAUUUGCUAAAAGCUCACUAAUUAACACUUUAUAUAUUUGUUUUAUUCGCACAACAACUUUUAAAGGACCUAUUUGUAAGUUUAGCUAUUGCUACAUAGCUAGCAUUAGCAGCAGUUUUCUUAGCAAUAUCUGAGAAACGUUCAUCAAGCAUCAAACUUAAUUCCUUUAAUCACCAAAAAAGCAACACCGAUGUUAACUCUUGUCUCUACCACUUCUUUUCUAAUAAUGAAGUUAGCACGCUAACCAGCUAGCCUCCGAUCUGCCGUAUUAUAGAGGGCGUUUUAUAACCUCUCGUCUUCUCAAAGCAACAAUCGCCGAAGCUCUUGCCAAGAAACCACGUUGGGAAAAUUCACAAAAAGCCCCUUUGAGUGUAAAAACACACAUGAUUUGUUGGCUUCUUGGCGUAGCUCCAUAUUCCCUGCACACAGACACAAGAGACGUAUAACUCUUAAAUAAGAAAGCAAAUAAGUGUAUUUCUGAAAAUGUCAAACUCUUUCUUUAAGGACAGUAUUAUUUGGGGAGCAGCUUAUUGGAACAUGACAUUGCAAGCUAGCAUGGCGGCAUAGUUUGGGAACUUUUUAGUAUCUCUAGCUACUUAGCCUUGGCUUUAAAAAAAACAAAAACAAAAAAAAAAAACUCAUCAAAUUUGCAAAUGCUGAACUUUCGAGUGACUGUACAGAAAGCCCCAUUGUUUGUUUCCACUAGAUACUCUGUCAUCCCCUCAGUAAGUGUCAUCCAUGGACAUGUGAUCUCCUCUCCAACUGACCCUCGGUGUGUUAGCAUCUGAAGCUAAUUGUUUUUAAGAUAAAAAUAUUAAAAAAUAAACACACACACAUACACACACACACACCUGCAGAAUGGACUUGACCAUCCCGCUGCAGGAACAUGAUUACUUCUAGAGAUGCAAUAAUACCUUUUUUCUGGGAAGGGCAACAUGUAAUAAAUGGUAAAGAGUCUUAACAAUGUAUAAUACAUAGUAUAUUUUAUUCAUGUAAAAUGUUACUAAUAUAUUACUAACAUGAAGUCAGUGUUGAAGGCAGGAUUUUGUUGUAGAUGUUCUUUUCCCAUUGUCUAUUUGAUGGUUCUUAGUUGAUUAGAGAAACUAAUAAUGGGUCAAAAUUAUAUCAAUAUCACAUGAUUUGACCACUUCUGUGUGGAAUUCUGCCUUAAAUUUGGUAGUGAUAGCUGUACACUUUCUGUUUAAUAAUUUAAGUCACCUGUAUAGGAAACUAUCAGUUCAGAUCUGUUGUUCAAUUGUGAUUUGUUUCAUGAGAAUGAGCGAGAGAGUGAGUGAGAGCAUAAAUAAAGAUAUUGAACAAACUCUGCCGGAAUGAUGUGAUGUUUUAUUGAUCCCCUCAGAGGUCAGAGGCCAGAGCCCACUACAGCUCCAUUAUUGUACUAUCCUGCAUUGCCCCAGAGUUCCUGUCCUCCCGGUGUCCACCUUUUGACCCAUGGGAGAUGGAGAGCAGAGAGCGGUCUGUAUCCUCGGGCAGGAGCUGCCUGGUUCUCUAACCCGUGAUGCUGCUCCAGAGAGGCCGCCAUCCAUGUAUGAAACGACUGUUGAAUAAUGAUUCCCGAUGGCACGAGAUGUGGGAAACUAGAACAUCCGAGACGACCGCUCAGAGAAGAUGCGUUUACAUUUUGAAUGAAUAAUUGCAGCGUCACCCUGACUUCUUCUUGGUGUGGGAUUUACCUGUGUUUUCUGUUGUUUACAGUGUGGAGCGACUUUCUACCUUUCUGGACUGGAUUCACACACACAUCCUUUAUAUGAGACACAGGCAGGAAGGCCAUUAGGGUUUGGUACUGUAGGAGGAGGAGGAAGAGGAGGAGGAGGAAGAAGAAGGGAUGGCCUACUCUCUUCUGAUUUGUCCAGACUUGAGCUUGGCAACAAAGUCUUUGAUUGCCUGGUCCUUGAGGUAGGAGCUCACGUCACUGGUGAAGGUCCCAUCGGCGUGUCGCUUUUCUGCAGCGCUGGAAACACACGGUGACACACAGCCACCGGACAAAGUCCUUCGCCUUCCUGUCCUCCAGGUAUUUGCUGUAGUCGUUUGAGAAAGUUCCCUCGGAGUGUCUCUUCAUGCUCGACAGCUCCCUCGGCUCCUCGGCUAGUGUGUCGUCGAAACUGCAGCACAGAGCGGCUAAAAGCAGCAGAACCUGUGAACCAGGCGAAGUAAAGAUGCGAUUCGUACCUGGAGCUGUCAUCAACCUCGUGCAGAGGAACCUGCCAGCUGCUCUGGACAAAGCCGAGGACCAGGAGGAUGCCAGCCAGGGAGUGGAUGCUUUUCAUGAUGACUCACCAUAGCCUCAAAGUCCACCUGCUCGUCCACCAGAGCUUCUGAGAUCUCAGCCGCCUGCUGGAAAUGCACAUUGUCUAAGAAAGAAGAAAAGAAAGGACACAACAACAUUGUGGAGCGGUGAGGUGCGAGAACCGGAGGAUAACGUGAACUCACCGCUGCAGCUCAUGCGGUAGAAGGAGGCGUCGUGGCUGAAGUGUAUACAGCUGUUGUUCCAGAUGAUUCCAACUUACACACUAUCUGCAGUGACUUUCACGAUGUUAAUGACUUCCCAGUCUCCAGUGCACCAUGAAGGAUCUGAGAGCCACCUCCACCCCUUCUCCACCUCAACCAUGGACGCCAGACCAUCUCCAAUCAAACCGUCUAAAGAGAGGUUUCCCUCAUGAAGACAUUCCCGUACUGGAGCUCAUCAUCAUCAUCACCACCAGUAUCUAGACUCCAGGGGAGGGUUCCUCUCCAUGGAGAUCCACUUCCUGCCAGAAACCAUGUGAUGGUUCAUGUUGAUAUCUGUCCCUCAGACAGGCUGCAAACAUGCAUUUCUGUAAUUUUACAGCUAACACCUGGCUGGAGUCCCGCCCCACUCAUGCCUUGAAAACGACGGCCCUCGAUUCAACUGUAGUUCACGCUUCUGCCCGGGAGUCGGAGGGGAGACUCUUACUCGAGAUGUUCACCACGGCGUCUCGAGGAGGUCUGAGAUCAGCAGCCGCAGACGGCAGUGACUUUCAGCGCCGGGAGCGGGUGGCGUCACACUACUGGACCAGCUGGGAGAGAGAAGAGGAGGAGGCGGAUCCAAUCAGGAGUCAACGAGGUGCAGCCGUGAGGAGGCUCGGCCGCUGCGACGCGAUUGGCCGUUGACAGGUGUGAGCGAUCAGCAGUGUGGUACUUGAGCAGUAUCGCACCGCUGAAGCGUCAGCCAGCGUCAGCCCGCGUGCAACCCGUGUGUGAAGACCUCCGUGUGUGAAGACCGACGUGGGUAAAGACCUGCGACUCUACCUGCGCGACUCAACCGAGCAGAGGAAACCGACAGAGGCCGGAAGUUCACCGAGAAGACUCGGCUAAACAGAACCGGAGGAACUCUAAGUGUGACCGGGUUGGAGGCACCGACGGUGCUGGAAGCAGAGCCUGACGCGCCACACCUGAGCCACGUGUGCUACAUGACGUCUUCCUCAUGGCUCCCGUGCACCUCACAGACCUGAUGGCGGUUGUUGCUGCUGUUGUAGUAUUUCAGACUAUUAAAGUUAAAACUGUUUAAUGAUUUAUGCUAGUGGAUAUUUAGGUGCUAAGGGCGAGGGGGUCGUUUAAACUAUUUACAACCACUGAUACAGAUCACCCUAUGGGCAUGGUAAUUUAUAUAUUAACUGUCUUCUGUCUUUUUCUGUCCUUUUUGCAUGCUGAGCUUCAGGUGACAUUUAAGGUCAGAGUCAGACAGGAAGGAGGAAGCCAGCAGAGCCAAUCGGAAGACGACAAAACGCCCGUGCACAUUUCUUUGUUUGUACUUGUAUAAAUACACUGGAUCAGACUGUGGACUGACCAACACUUGUUAUUGGUUAGGAAAAGGCACAUCUGAUCCAGGAUUCUGUAAUUGUUCAUUGCUUGCUGAAAAGAUUCACUAAACAAUUUGAACUCAA